GGAUCCUCGCAAGUGAUCUGAGUGACUUAGUUGAGCUCCUUCCACAAAAGGUAUAAUUCCUUCUUUCUCGUCGUCCUUCGCGUAUAAGCUGUCUGAUGUGAAAUUCGUCUCAGUGAUUUAAGGAUUCAAAAUGCGUCUGGUUGUAUCAGUCUUUUGGAUGGUGGCAAGGACGGCGUGGGCACUGGAGGAAAACAGUGUGGACAACCUCUACGAUGAACAUUUUCCUCCUCUUCAGCCUAACUGCACUCAGAGUCUCACAGAUCUUCUCUUGCUGCGCCAAGAAGUCCUGCUGAAAGAACUGAAGCAGGCCGAGCAAGUGUCUGCAGGAGUCUUGAGGGAGAUGCUACACAUCUUGACCGUCAAGACUUCCUUCAUGUCUACAGAAGUAUCCUGUCCUGGUAACUUCAGAAAAUGCGGCGAUACUUGUUUGUAUCUUGCCAAGGACACCGACGUAACUUGGGAUGCUGCUCGGGGUUUUUGUCAAGACUUGGGAGGAGAUUUGGCCGUGUUCCGAGACGUCAGUGCAUUCGCAGAUGCUCUCAAAUACGUCAAAAGUUUGGUCGCUGUAAAGGCAACGACUGUCUGGGUGGGCGGAUCAGACCACAUAGCAGAAGGGGAAUGGAGGUGGGUCUCUGGGGAAGACAUGCCGAGAGGAACGCCCUUUUGGGGAGAUUAUAAUUACGUCCGCGAACCAGCUCAAGGCACCGCUGCGAAUUGCGCCGCCCUUUAUGGCCCUGACGGUUUCUUGAUACACGAUGGAGUCUGUGAUUCAAAAUAUAAGCCUCUCUGUCAGAUUAAGUUAAUGAAUAAUUAAAUCAUUGGAAUCUGGAUUUGCUAGACAUUAGUAUACAUUGUUAUAAUUAUUUUACAAAUUGGCUUCAAGAGGAAAAAUUCACGAUGAGAAAUGUAUCCUGUCAAGCAUAGUUGCUUCACUGCCAUCGUGUACCUCUUUAUUUUCGAAAGUUGAAUAAGUUUCAUGGAUCUCAUCCAUGCCUUAGAAUUUCCAUAAAAAAGUAUGCGGAUAAUCAUAAAUAGCUGAAGUCAAUAAUGAUUAUGCGUACUCUUUUGUGAAUAAAAUAUGCCAG